AUCUUCUUGACAUCCAUCAUGUUUCCGUCCUCACACCCAGGUCCAUUGUACAGCAUCAAUACUAUCAGUGAGAUUGUGGCACAUCAGAUCAUCAGACCCUGAAAUAUACACGGACUCUUUGACUGACACAUUUUCAAUUUCAAUACGCACAUGGCCCCUGCACUCGGAGAUUGUGGGUAGCAUUUAUAGAGUCAAGUAAAUCCCACUAAGUUAUACGUCCCGAAGUCUCUCCCCGACGAACUGUCAUGGUCGCCAGCGGUUCCACACGUUUUCCAUUUUGCUUCCCACUCCUCAUCCUAGGUCUCUUUACUUCAGUCAAUGGCCUCCUCGAAUUAAGGACCAUCGACGAUGCGGCAGGUGACUCUGCCGACCCAAACGUUAAACCCGUCUUUCUGCCAGAUGGAACCUGGUCCCAGCGACCCAACCCAUGUUCGGGUUGCAACCUCAACCCGAAUGCUGAACUGGCCUUCAACAGAACCUGGCACGAUACUACACAUAUGGAAUCGGAUCCGACCUCCAGUGUACAACUCUCGUUCACCGGGAUUGCGUUAUCCGUCUUCUGCAUCCUUCCUCCAAAGACGGCUCAAGCGAUCACGCCCUACGAUCUGACAUUCAUAUUGGAUGGUCAGCCUGUUGGACCGCCCUUCACUCGAACGACCGACCAGUUGACAGACAGUUAUCAAUACAAUGUCACAGUUUUUUCGAUGAACGACCUUCAGAACAAGAAGCACACAUUCAUCAUGCAGAUGGCGAACAAGACCAUCAGCACUGUCGCUCUUUUCGACUAUGCAUCGUAUAUAUACAACGAUCAAGGCAUUAUAUCCGAGGAGACAGGGAAAAAACUGAACCUCGGAGCUAUUCUUGGAGGCGUGCUGGGAGCCAUUGCUUUCUUGGCUGGGGCAGCGUUUUUAUUCCUAUAUGCCCGUCGACGUCGAACUGAAGUACGCAUCCUGCAAGGAGCUCAAGCCGAUCCUUUCGACUCUGUGUCUGUGACGCGCACAGAACCACUGCCCAAUAAACACCGACGGAACGAGUCGCUACCCUCCUCCCCCUGUCCUGCGCCUGGAAGUAGCACCCUAGACACAGAGAAGGGUCCUCCACCCGCUUAUUCUCAGUAAUUUUUACUUGUACCUCUCCCAACAGUUUUAUGAUUCCAAUACAGGUUAUUCUGAUGCCCACACUUUCUCAGCUAUAUAUAAUAUAAUAUUUAUACUAUCAUACUAUACCGCGUCUGAUAAUCAGUCGUCUUCAGGUCCCAGACUUCUUAAUCUGAUGAGCUAGCGCC